AUGGCGAUGCUGGAACGAAGAAAGUCGACGGAGGCGCUCUUGUUGGAGAGGCUUGACCUUAUGGAAUUCGAGCUCAACGACACCUUUCAAAUCCUGGGAGAUACUCUGUCCAAGGCCAAAAACGUUUUGAAUGCUGCGGGUGAAUCGUUGGCAAAGUGGUUUGCGAAUCUCUCUCCGCACGAGUUGAACAUCAGCAUUGAAAAAGCGUUUCGAAGAUUUGACGAGGAUGCGAGCGGGACUUUGCAAAGGUCUGAGAUCCAGAAAGCUUUUGCGAUGAUGGGGAAGAGGUUUACGGAUGAAGAUUUGGACAUUGUUUUGAAGGAGUACGAUGCGAACGGAGAUGGCUGUAUUGACCUGGACAAUCACAAUUGUGAUGAUGAUGAGAAUGAGGACUAUGUCGGUAUAGCUGUGGACCUCAGCAACUCAUCUGCAAUGCAGGAGGAGUUUUCACACAUGGUCAAGUUGCAACUCAAAGUUCCCUGUUUCACGGGUUGCAGUCCUUGCACUAUUUGCACAAACAAUCAGGAGGAGUGCUACGUCGACUCUGUGCAUGAGCAGAAGGAAAAGAAGCGGUUGGAGCUACAGGCCACGUUUGACAAGGUCAUGGAAGACGCAGCUUUGUCCAUGGGCGAGCUGCUCGCCCCUAUCCCCAUCUUCUCGUGGCUGCAGACGGAGGACCGAGAGAGGCUGGGGAGCGAGUCCAGGCUGCUGCACUUCUGCGAGGGGGAGGAGGUGGUGAGAGCAGGGGAGGAGUCGGUGUCUAUGUUCGUGGUGGUGCAAGGGGAGGUAGCGGUGUUGGUAGGAGGGAACCAGGUCUUUUCUUUCCUCCCGGGGCACUUCUUUGGCGAGACGGGGCUGAUCAAGAACGAGAAGAGGAACGCAACAAUCGUUGCCUCCUCCCCCUCCUCCUGCCUGGAGAUCAGCCGGGACACCUUCCGAAGGUUCCUGCAGGGCAGGUUGCACUCCCAGCACCUCCACGCGGAGCUGAAGCGCAGGAAGGCAGGGAAGGUGGACAGGUCGCAGUCAUGCGAGGAGAUCCUGCAGGAGCUGGUCAAACUGGCCCAGCAGAGGAAGAGAAUGUUUGAAAGCAGCCAGAUGACAAGGACUAAGUCAACCUCCUCCACCUCCUCCGCUUCCUCCACCUCUUCCUUGUCCCGACGGCCUUCAAGGGGGACAAGGAGGUCCCUCGAUUCCGGCAAGGACCAUGCAGCGACGGAGAUGCAUCGAUCGUUCUCCGUGCCCUCUGCCUUGCAGGAUGAGAAGAAGGAUGUUAGGAAGGAGGCGUUUGUGCGCUCCAUUCUGACGAGAGCGGCGAGCUCCAGCCGGGACUUCGAGGAGGAGGAGGAGGAGGAGCAGCUGCAACGAACAGUCUCGUCACCCGUUGCUUCGAGUAAGGACCUUACAAGGGAGCCGUACAGAGCGAUGAGGAGGAGGAACACGUCGAUGGCUCCUCUACAGGAACCUGUCGCCGUUGUGUCAUCCAAAAGGCAACUUCCCCUGCUCAAGAAGAAGGAUCCGACUCCUCUUCCUCCUCCCCCCCAUCCUGCUCCUUCGCAUGAUCCUGUUGGCCCUCUCCCUGUGACCGACACGGCUACCCCCCCUGCAGAUGCUCCUCCUCCUGAUGCCGGCGCCCUGCCGCCCCAAGGCGCCUCCCCCCGUCCUCUCGAAGAGGGUCCUGGGCCGCACAAGGAUCAGCUGUACCCGACGAGACUGAGCAAGAGAACAACGCUGCGUAGCGAUGAGUGCGAGGACGAAGUCUCAUGCUGCUGCGAGGAGGAGGAGGCGAUUGAGGACGGGCAGGAGGCGGAGAGCUCGAUCGGGAUGCCCAGCAGGUGUUCCACCUGCUCCCUGGAGGAGAUGCCGGACUGCAUCAGCAGGACUCACUCAGCUGAGGACGAGAACGGCGCCGUGAGGAGGGAGGAGGAGAUGAGAGGGGAAGGCUUCCAGGCUCUUUCUCAUCGUCCCUUCACCGCUGAGCCGACAAAGAUGGGGACGCCGUUCAGGAAGGAGUGGCGGAGGGCGUCGGCGGAGGAGGGGAGGGCGGUGGUGGACCCUCUGAUGGAAGUGAAGGUGAGGCUCGUGCACGGGAGGGAGGCGGGAGACGCGAGGGAGCAGGAGAGGAGGGAGCGGGUGGGGAGGACGGUGAGCGCAAGCUACAAGUCGGAUGUGAGGAGGAGCAGCAACGAGCAAGUCGCGCUGUUCAAUAUCAGGAGGCUGAGCUCUGCUGGCUCCAACCUCAUCUUCUUCGAGCAGAAGGUUUCAAGGGCACGGUCUACCGUGGGGAGCAGGAGAAGGGCGAGCGGGCCGUCGGAGAUCGAGCGCGAGAGGAGGAGGAGCGAGGAGGAGCUGAAGGAGACGCUGCUUCACGGAACAGCCUCGUCCUCUCGGAUCUCCAUCAUCAACUUGAGAGGAAGCAUGAGAAAGCUGAAGAGCGACAAGCUGCCACAGCUUUGA